AUGAAUAAAUCAGAAAAUCUGGACUCAAACAAAGCUUUAAAAAGUUCAGCAAAGAACGAUAACGAUAAUGAUAAUCAAUCGUCAAAUUUUUUUAAACACCACCCGCUUGAGCAGACACUUCGAUUUAACGAACAAUCGAUUCCAAACAUAAAAAUUUUAUAUCGUGAUUCCGAGUUUUUAAUCGUUGAUAAACCAUAUGAUAUGCGAAUUGACGGCGAAACAAACCGUGGACCAACAGUACAAUCAUCACUUUACCAUCACCACCCAACACUCCCAGCUCCGCUACGUAACGUCCAUCAAAUAGAUCAUGCCACAUCCGGGUGCUACUGUCUUGCAUUGACUUCGUUGUCAGCAAGUUUAGCUUGUGUUGCGUUUAUGGAACGACGUGUGCGAAAAACGUAUUUGGCUAUGGUCAGAGGCUGGAUGAAAGAGGUUAGGUAUGUAGUAGAGCAACCGAUAGCGCAAGUGGUUGGGAAUCGUUAUAGAAUGUGCCUUGGGAGUGUCGAUAAUCCGGGAAAGACUGCAAAAACAGAGAUAGAAGUUUAUCAAUAUGGUCAUUUCAAUCUCGCAUCUUAUCCACCUAUAACAUCAGAUUUUCUGUAUUCAGCAUCAUCUUCCACCGAAUUUCACUCACCUUCACUUGUUCCUUCGCCUCAAUCACAAUCAAAGCCACUAUCUCCCAUAUCAAUUCCCGUCACGUUAGUUCGUCUAACCCCAAUUACCGGGAGACGUCAUCAACUCCGUCUUCAUUGCCAGUACCUUGGACACCCAAUUGUGGGCGACUGGCACUACGAAAAAGAAAUUAUGGACUACACUGAUACGUUUCGUAUGAUGCUGCAUGCGAAAAGAUUAGUAAUUCCGCUUGACGGCGGUCGUGGAAAGAAACAUAAAAAAAGAAAUAAUAACAAAUUGAAGAGUGAAAAUUUGGUGAAUGAAAAGAAAGAGGGAGAUGUGUUGGAUGUUGAGACUGAUGAUCCGUUUAUUGGGUUGGUGGAGUUGUGUGAGAAAGAGAAAGAUAAGGUCGAGUUUUAG